CCACCCCGGAGCCGACUCCAGAGCCCGAGCCUGAGGCGGGAGAGGGAGACUAGGUCGCCUUCUGGCCCGGCCGGCCGCGAAGGACUGAAACGGGGGCCUGCCCUGCCUAGCCCCCUGAGCCAUCGCUGCCACCUCCCGGAACAGAACAUGUGCUCCAGGAGUCCCCUGCUGUCACUCCUGUUGCUGAUCUUGGGGUCCAGGAUACAGGGCUGCCCUUCUGGCUGCCAGUGCAACCAGCCACAGACGGUCUUCUGCACUGCCCGCCAGGGGACCACACUGCCCCAAGAUGUGCCACCUGACACCGCAGGCCUGUAUGUCUUUGAGAAUGGCAUCACCACACUGGAUGUGGGCAGCUUUGCCAGUCUGCUGGGCUUGCAGCUCCUGGAUCUGUCACAGAACCAGAUCACUAGCCUGCCCAGUGGUAUCUUCCAGCCACUUGUCAAUCUCAGCAACCUGGACCUGACUGCCAAUAAGCUUCAUGAGAUUACCAAUGAGACCUUCCGUGGCCUGCAGCGCCUUGAGCGCCUCUACCUGGGAAAGAACCGCAUCCGCCAUAUUCAGCCAGGUGCUUUUGAUGCCCUCGACCGCCUCCUGGAACUCAAGUUGCAGGACAAUGAGCUGCGGGUGCUGCCACCACUGCGCCUGCCCCGCCUGCUGCUGCUUGACCUCAGCCACAACAGCCUCCCAGCCCUGGAGCCCGGCAUCUUGGACACCACCAAUCUGGAGGCCCUGAGGCUGGCUGGUCUGGGUUUGCGGCAGUUAGAUGAUGGGCUCUUUGCUCGCCUGCGCAACCUCCAUGAUCUAGAUGUGUCCGACAACCAGCUGGAGCGUGUGCCCCCUGUGAUACAAAGCCUGCAGAGCCUGACACGUCUGCGACUGGCUGGCAACACCCGCAUUGCCCAGCUGCGGCCUCAGGACCUGGCUGGCUUAGCUACUCUGCAGGAGCUGGACCUGAGCAACCUGAGUUUGCAGGCCCUGCCCAGUGACCUCUCAGGCCUUUUCCCCCGCCUGAGGCUCCUGACGGCUGCCCGCAACCCCUUCAACUGUGUGUGCCCCUUGAGCUGGUUUGGACCCUGGGUACGUGAGAGCCAUAUCACACUGGCCAGCCCUGAGGAGACACGCUGCCACUUCCCACCAAAGAAUGCUGGCCGACUGCUGUUGGAGCUUGACUAUGCCGACUUUGGCUGCCCAGCCACCACCACCACACCCAUAGUGCCCACCACCAGGCCCAAGGUGGAGGAGCCCACACUCUUGCCUUCCAGCUCAGCUCCCACGUGGCUGAGCCCCACGGAGCCAGCCACUGAGGCCCCCAGUCCACCAUCUACUGCCCUACCAACUAUGGGCCCUGCUCUCUGGCCUCAGGACUGCCCGGUUUCCACCUGCCUCAAUGGAGGCACUUGCCGCCUGGGGGUGAGGCACCACCUAGAGUGCCUUUGCCCUGAGGGCUUCAUAGGCCUAUACUGUGAGAGCAGUGUGGGGCAGGGAAUAUGGCCCAGCCCCACACCAGAUACACCAGGACCCCCCCAGCCUCUGCCCCUUGGCAUCGAGCCAGUGAGUCCUACCUCCCUGCAUGUGGGGCUGCAGCGCUACCUUCAGAGCAGUGCUGUGCAACUCAGGAGUCUCCGCCUCACCUACCGCAACCUGUCAGGCCCUGACAAGCGGCUGGUGACCCUGCGGCUGCCGGCCUCCCUUGCAGAGUACACAGUCACCCAGCUGAAGCCCAACUCUACCUAUUCCAUCUGUGUUAUGCCCUUGGGCAUUGGACGGGUGCCCGAGGGUGAGGAGGCCUGCGGAGAGGCCCAAACACCCCCAGCUGUCCUCUCUAACCACGCCCCAGUCACCCAGGCCCAAGAAGGCAAUCUGCCACUCCUCAUUGCCCCUGCCCUGGCUGCUGUGCUCCUGGCUGCCCUGGCUGCCAUGGGGGCAGCCUACUGUGUACGGCGGGGGCGGGCAGCAGCUGUGGCUCAGGGCAAAGGGCAGGUAGGACCAGGGGCUGGACCCCUGGAGCUAGAGGGGGUGAAGACCCCCUUGGAGCCAGGCCCCAAGGCAACUGAGGGGGGUAUGGAAGCCCAGCCAGAUGGGCCUGAGUACGAAGUGCCACUCAUGGGCUACCAAGGACCCGGCCUCCAGGGUGCCCUCCCUGCUAAGCCCUACAUCUAAGCCUGAGAGAGAUGGAAUAGCUAGAGGGCCAGGCUCUCAGCCACCACCCUCUGCUGCCACACAAGGAAGUUCUCAGUGCAUACCACAGGGACACAUGCAGGGUGGGGCUCUGUGACCACAGCCAGAACCUGUCCCUCUCUGGGCCCUGGUCUCAUCUGUGAGCUAGGGCAACCCAGGUGAUGAGCUCUAACAGCCACCGGCCUGAGAGUCUGAGAGGUCAGUGUCUGCCAAUUCUGCAGUGUGCAAUCCGGAGUCUGGUGGCCCUGCCGUGUGCUGGUAACACAGGCCAGGGCCCCAGCCCAAAGACCUGGGGCCAGUGAAGGAAGCCCCUAGAAGGAGCAGGUGAGGACAGCCCUGUAGCUCAAGCCUUGCCCCAGAAGCACAGGAACAUGGGAAACUGGAAAGGAAGGUGCCAUGGGAACGUGUGGAUUUGCUUCUGUUUUAGUUUUAAAAGUAUAUUUAUGAGAUCCUUUCCCGUUUAUGCUGGGAAAAUGUUUUUCAAACUCAGUGACAAGGACUUUGAUUUUUUAAGAUAAACGAUGAUAUGAAGGUUUUUUGUAAGAAAAUA